AUGGCCGAAAACGCCGGCUUGGAAAACCACCGCAUCAAGAGCUUUAAAAAUAAGGGACGCGAUGUCGAGGUGAGCCGGCAUAUAAAUGUGAUCAUAUACAACAUGAAUCGGAAUAGUUUUACGUAAAAUCCACAGUGUUUGGGCCUCGUUGGGGAGCCUGGCCCCGGUUGCAACUGCCAGUGAGCUAGCUAGCGGAUGCGAGCUAACGAGAAGAGUUCGCCAUCAAAGUGCUUAUUGGCCUACCUAGAUAACGACGAAUCCUGCCUUUUCUUAAGCGAUAAUGAUAAUAUCCUUCAACUCACAGGCAGCUGAUUCUUAUAUUUAUUCGUUAAUGUUUGUCAAGUAAGCAGCAUUGUUUUUGGAAUCGUCUGAAUUGGGUGAUAAAGUACCGGCGAUUGUAGCUGUCACUGCCGGCUAACGAGCUAGUUGGAUGGAUACCGGUCGCAAGCGAGGCUGGGCCCUGCCCGGCACCUUCAUUUUGACAUUUACUCAACUCUAGAGGCAGCUGGCCUCAACUAACUCCAGCGCUAACACGGAGACGUCAUAGAAAUGUCUCAUUUUGACAAAGACAUCAGUUUAAGUCGAACUAUUGGGUUGGUCGACAUCCACCCUAACCAAACAUUGCCCCUCCUUGUUAGCAUGCUAACGCUGUCAGCGAAAGAGUUAGCAUGUAAAGCCAGGUGAGCCACCUAACUGAGCUGUUAGCUAAGCUUUUAAACUCUUAACUCAAAGGUUAGGAUUUCAGUAACGCUGUUUUACGGUUUACUGAAAGAUAACUGAGAGGUUUCCAGAAUAAACUGCUGUGUUAUGAGCAUUUGACACUGCCUGUCCUGAGGCAUGUUAGAUAUACAUGACAUGAAUCAUGCAAAACAUUACUGUAGUAUCAUUAUUCAAUUUCAAGGUAUUAAUGUUGCUUUGAUCUGUUGUGGUCUUUCCAUAAUACGACAAUAUGAAGGCUGAUUAUGGUUGGCUAAAUGGCAAAGUCUCCUAUUCUAGAAAACACCACCGGUACUCUGUCCAAGUGGCAAAUAGACCGUGUAAAACGCGGGGUUAGUAUUGCAGCAUCAUUCAACUAACAAGUCUAAUAAUAAAUCUCUGCGACAGCAUUAGUCUGUGAUGCUCAUUGACAUGAUAGCAAAACCAUUUGGUAGAGUCUGUCAAGACUGGCCCAGUUAAGGAAAUCUAACAGAGUAUGACUACAGAAGAAGGGGGAGAUGGGCAUUUAUUCAUCCUAAGGGGGGAUUGAAGUGUUUUCAAUCUGUUGUUACACAUGCUACACACAGGUCUGAAUAUGCACAUGAACAUACUUAAGUUGGGAGAUGUUGGAGACCCAUAUUGGUGCCUUGCUCAAGGGAAGUGCCCAGAAAGUCAACUGGCACCAAUUCAACCACUAAUUUCCAGAAACAGCAAUUCUUGUUCCUCAGCCAACUCUCCUUGUACUGAGCUACAGCCACCCCCAGCAAAAAAACCAACAUGAAAAUUCUCCCCAAAUUUGGUGUACUUCGUCUGGUGAUACCAUAAAUGAGUAAUUUCUCAAAGUGCAACUAUUUUAGCAAACCAGCUAAGUAUGAACAAGUCGUUGAAAAUGGGUCGUCAUGUUUUACCAUAAAAGAGGACACCGAGACCCCCAUAGGUUGUUGUUUUGAAUCUAAGAGUCACAGUGACAAGCACAUGGCUACUCUGACAGACAGACUCUGCCAAGUGCAUUCCUGAUGCUAUUUCAAGCAUCUUGUAUGUCUGGCCUAGGUCCUCUUUAAGGCCUCAGUAUGAAUUUGAGUUUUUCGAAAUGGAUGACUCAGACCACAAGCCGGGGGAAAAAAUGCCAGUUUGGUUUUUAUUAAUGUAGGUCAGGCCUAACAGAUUGCUCUUCAUGUCUGACAUCAUUAGGAACAGAUUUGUAUGGCCAAGCCGUUAAGUCUUGCAUGCAGCAUGUCAAAAGUUCCUCUUUGUUUUCCUUGAUUCCAUGUAGAUAAAGAAACUUUACUGAUAUUUAUCCAAGUUUAUUUUUUUCAUAUCAUUAUUGCUCUGCAGAAUAUCAUACAUCUUUUAUUUUUGAAUGAUCAACUCUGAUAGCAGUGAAGCCUUCAUCAGUUUAGUUUUCAUGGUCACAUGUUUUGGUUUAGGAUGAGUUUGUAUUUAGGGCAGCACAGUAAGUGAAAUAAAGAAAAUUAAACUAAUACCAGUAUCAUUUCUUUUGACACAUAUUCUUAAUUAAUCAUUUUCUUUGGAGACACAUUUUACCGCACUGAAUGUAGAGCCAUAUUGUUGUUUAGCAGUAGUUGGGAGAUACCUCUAUGCUCUGCAGCCUCCUGAGUUAUGACUGUCCCAGAUUACGUAAGGGGCUAUUUAGGAAGGCAACAUGAACCUCUUCAAACAGUCACAAGAUGUUGGACCAUCUCAAACUGUUCAGGAUGAACUGAAAACCCAACUGGACACACAAACACAGCCCUAAGUCCCAGUGUUCGUCCUUGUACGUUCUGUUCUGUCUUUUAAUUUUUCAUUCCUGCCUUCAAAGUUUGUUGCAAGUGUUUUUCAUUUUUAAUCAUUAAUGUGGACUUGAAAGAAAGUUGUCUGUUAGCCACAUGAUGUUAUAGAUUUUCAUUUUUAAUGGUAAUGAGAUCCUGAAAUGGGAUUCUUUAGUGAUGAGGCGUGAAGUCUAACAGAAAUCGCACAAUUUCAUGUCUUUGGCUAAUGGUGUUUUUGAUAAAUUAGGUUGUUUUGAUAUCCAUGAUCGAGGGCCACAGUGUGUUUUUUUUUUUGAUAAAGCAGUUAAUAGGUGAAUCUCACAAUAACAUCCAUAACAAAUAUCUUUUCAUUAACUGUCGUAUUUGUUUCUUUCUUUCUUACAGACUAUGAGGAGACAUCGAAAUGAGGUGACAGUCGAGUUGAGAAAGGUGAGGAAAGAUGCACCAUCUGCCUACACACCAGGCUCCAGACAAAGUAUCAUACAUCUCAGAUUUGCAAUUAGCACUAGAGGGAUAAAAUUGUGAUGGAUGUUUGUGAGGAUGCUUCCUGGUGAUUCUUAUCAAAGUACAAAAAAGAAUAUUUGGAUUCAGCAAGUUUUAUUACUCCUUUAACACCAUUAAAAUUAGCCCCUAAUAUUACACUUUUUUUUUCUACUCCCCCAAAUUUUAACAAAUUGCCACCUGCUGUCACACUUCCCCUGCAAUCGACUAAGGGCUGUUGCAAGCCGUGUUUGGUUAUUAUUUUUCCUAUUCAGGUCAGGAUCAUUCAUAAACAAGUUUCCUUUUUCAAGACAUUUUUAAAAGGGAUGUGUAUUUACUGGGUGUUGAUUGAUUUCUGUUGUCUUUUUUCCAAUCAAACUUAAAUUUAAUCAUAGAAAUGAAAUGCACCUCUUACUCCAAGUUGAAGGGUUUGUGUGUUGUGUUUAUCAGCCAUCUAAGUUCCUGUCUAUAAAACUAGCUGGGUCAAACUUCACCAACAGACUCUGAGGGGUCGUAUUGGGCAGAAAAAAAACCCUAUUUUGAUGUCCAAUUCACAAGUAUUGGUAACCACUAUACUUCCUGUCAUCUGUCCUGUGUUGGUCUGUUGCAGACCAGAAAAUGUCAGAAUUAGCUGCAGCUGUUGGUUUUAUUCAUGCCAUCGUUUCUGUGAAUGGAUGGAGUGUGUUUUUAAAUUGGGUGCGGCUUUUUAGAUUACGAAUAAAAAGCAAAACAAAAUUACUCCACACAAGGUACUUAACUCUCGACAUGACUCAAUUUGGCAAACACAGCCUGCUGUUAAGUGUUGUUGUACAUCAGCUAAAGUUUGAAUGGGAUUAGUCUCUGUCACUGCUGUUGGUUUAAUUUGUUUAUUGUGUGAGUUGAAACUUUUUCAUGACAUGAUGGAAAAGACAGGAAGAAGAGCUGCCGUUCAUUUGAAGUGUUCCUACAUUCAGUUGAGGUUGUUGUUGUUGAAAACGUGCUCACUGGAGCAUUUACGUGAAAUAUGUUUCGUACAAGCAGGUGCAGUUGGUGUACGCUUCGGCUUGUUGUGUUGUUGCUUCAUUGUGACACCCUUUGCUAAAAAGAUCAGCUGAAUUCAAUUUGAUCUGAACAGAACGUGAUGUAUGCCUUAAUUUUAUCCUGCUGCUGCUGCUGCCGUCAGCAGUGACCUCACUGAUGAACACUAGUGAGCUGGUUUUACUGUCAGACAUAAAUACCCAUGCAUAAACACUGUCACCCUGUUUCACAGAAGACGCACAAUCACAAUUAAGCCCACACGUAAUCCCUCUGGUGUGGUGGAUUUCAUCCUUAAACAAUACUUGGAUCCCAACGACUUUGAGUUAUUUUUUCUAAAUUUGAGGCUUUAAAGAUUUAGUGAUGAACCCUCUGAGGUAACGUUUUUGUUGUUUUCUCUUUUGGUUUCUGAUAAAACAUUCCUACAUUUCACACAGGGCAUUCAAUCAGUCCAUUGUUGUUGUUGUUGUUGUUGUUGUUGGGUUUUUUUACCUUACUUCAUUUGCCUCCAUCAGGUCAUUUGCAAUUUCUCAGUGAUAAAAUGUUCAAAAAUAACCAUUGCAUCUGUUUGGUUUCAUUUCAUUACCAAAGCUGGGAUUCAGGAGCUCGUUCCACAACCACAAAUCAUGUAACAGGGGCAAAAAUAUUACAACCAUGGAUGCAUUUUGAUCCACCACAAUUAAAUCUCCUUUAAUCUCUUAUCCUACAGUCAGGGUUCCUACACAGUUGGAAUUUCCAUACUUUUCCAUUCCCAAAUUUUUAAAAUUAUUUUUGGAAAUACCUACUUUUCUGUUUUAGAAAAGAACUAUGGUAAUAGUCUGGAAACAUAAAUAUUUUUCCGUACUUUAUUUUUCAUUUUACAUACUUUUUAAGACCUGGAAAUUGAUCAAAUUUAUUUCAAUACGUACGUAGGAACCCUGUACAGUGAUGCACCCCGAGACAAUAUAGUAUCUUUUUUUUAUUUUUUUGUUUAUAAUAAAUGUGCCUCGUAGUUCCAUAUGGGAUGGGUCACAGUGGUGGCAUGACACAAAAAUAAAAAAAUAUUCAUCCAUUCAAUUAUUAAUUCAUUCAACAGCAAUAGAAUAUUUCUGAAUUUAAAACAUACAAAUAUUGAGUUGACACAUUUGUGAUUGUGAGCUUUAAGUUUCCUUGCAAAUAGCUACUGUGUGCCCACCUAUCGGCCAAGUCAGCUGUGCUUCUGAUUUUUUGCUCUUGUAAUCUUAAUAACAUCGAGACAAACACGUCACACAAAACUUCAUUCAACUUCAUGAACUGUGGGUGCUGUGGGAAACAUGAGUUGUUCAGACCGUAAACCUUUUUUUUGGAGCAGGCGGUAAAUGCUUCGCCAUUCCUGAAUUCACAAUAUUCUCAAACAUCGCGUCAUUUUUUUUGCCACCAGUCUAGCAUUAUCUUGCUUGUCAUGACAGACUCACGUGCACACACACACACACACAUACUGUCAUAUCAGCCGAUGGGCAGGACUGAUCAGACACCAGGUAGUCGGAGAAGAGGCCAUCACACUGAGAGACUCGCACGCACACACACAUUUUGAAAUCGCAGGUCGCUGCCUUUUGCGUGGUUAUUUGAUCGCACAUGCUCACAUCUGGAUUGUGAUGAAUUGUGUAGUGCUAAGUAUGACUGUGAUUUCUUCAGGAGGAAUUCAGCACAGUUUUGAUUCAUCAGAGCUGAUCUACUAUCUCUCAGUCGGAGACAGCUUUUCUGGACACUCGGAGCUGAGUGAAUAACAAGUGUUGAUGCAAACAGAUUUUCUGAACAAAAGCUCACUUUGAGUUCGAAACUUGAGGAUAUUUCGAGGUUGUACUUGCAAAGACUGUCAGUAGAUGCUGGUUAAAAAGAUCCAUCUUGGUUGAUCAGGGUUUUAGAGCUGUAUGUGCUUGUGAUAAUGAGCUCAGAUUUAAAGUUUGUGGCUAAAUUUAUUUGGUACUUAGAUGUAAAUACUGUGAAACAAAGUCAAAAGCCUUUAAGUAUUGCAGUCCCUUUGUGUGCUAUUUUUGUUCUGCGUAUUUCAGCUCUGUCUCCCACAUUUUGAUCUUGCUGAGGCUGCUUUUGUUUUCGCAUAGAGAAGCCGGUUUUGGGUUUUUAUCUCUUGAAUCGAUCAGUCAGUCACAUUUCAGUUGAAUUAAGAGCUCUUUAAUCUGUUUCGAUUUUGAGAUCUGACGACAGAGAAAAAUCCAUCACAGCUGUAACUCGAUCUCACUCCUGCUGCGUCUGUGGGCACAUUCAUGAGGAUGGGCAGUAAAUGGAGGUGUAGGAAAGGUAUGAGAGUAGCAUUCAUAUAUAGAGCAAGUCAAAGAGCUUUACUGGGUCAAGAAUAGACGGUAACAUUAACAGUGUUAUAAUGACAUGAGCAUUAGGGAUGGAAAUCACCAGUGGCCCCACGAUCAGAUAUUAUCACGAUACGAUAUUAUCACGAUACUUGGGCCACGAUACGAUAUUGUCAUGAUACUUGGGCCACGAUAUGAUAUUGUCACAAUAUUCGCGCCAUGAUAUUAUCAUGAUACUUGGGCCACGAUACAAUAUUGCAAUUUGUAACAUUUUGCAAAACAGUGAGUAUUGCGAUGCAAUAUAUUGCGAUUUAUGCAUUUUUUUCUACUAUUUAGCUAAUUUAGCAUUUGGCUUCCCUUUAUGAAUGCCUUAUUAGAACAGUGUUUUCUUUUCAUGUAGCACAUCUUGGAAACCUUUUAUAUAUUUGUUGUACUAACUUUCUUCUGCUCUAUGAUGUCACUUCUGCCAACCUCACUGGACAAACAGUUGAUUUUAUUUUUCAUUAUUGUAGAUUUGACUUCAUAUUAGCAUUUCAUUUGAAAAAAUCGAUACUCUGUAAAUGAAACAAUACGAUAUAUCAACAGGUAAAAUAUCGUGAUUCAAGGGCUGGGCGAUAAAACGAUAACGAUUUAUAUCCAAAAUUAAUUUCCCUCAAUAUCAAUAUAGAACAUGGUCAAUAUGCUUUUCAGUAGUCAGCAUUCUGCCAUGUUUUGGUACACAAUACGAAUAGCCAAUGAAAAUAAGAGUUUCUCUGGGUCCACUUCGCACUGAACCAAUUAUGUGCCGAAUUAGAACCAAGUAGCAAACAACUGCGUAGAAGCGGGCUGCAGCUACGCACAACCCAAGUACUUUAACAGCGCAACGCCUUACGACACAAAGACCUCACAAAUGCAGUAGCUUAUUGUAUGGCAAAUGACAUGCUACCAAUAAGCACUGUUAAAUUAAAUUUUUUAUAUCAUGACAUAUAUCAAUACUGACUCACAUGAAAAAAUAUAUUGUGAUAAAAACUUUUUCCCAUAUCGCCUAGCCCUACAUGAUACUAUGCUGUAUCAAUUUUUUUCCCACCCCUAAUAAGCAUUGAAAUAUAAAAAAAGCUCAAAAACACCAGAAAGGAAGACCCAUGAGGCCAAAAUAAGACAUGAUUUUCCUAAAAUUCAGUGUUUGCUGAUAUACCAUAUAUUCUGACCUCAGAGUCCAGCCAUCCUGAUAAUAUGCACAGAUUCACCCACUUGUUUCACUUUUGAAAGAAUCUGAUUUUACAUAACUGUCCACCAAAAGCAUCUUCCCAUGGAUUUAGGCUUCCUGUACAGCACAGUCACUCCCCUCUUGGGAUAAGAAAGGCAUGUGUAGAUAGAGGACGAGUGGAUGCACUCUGGCUUUAGCUGGACUAAAAUGAACCUUUGCUGCGUCUUUUUCCCCCCCAAGAAGUGAGGCCUAGCGCAGAAUUAGCACUGUCACACAGCCGGUCAGAGUCAUAUUUAAAGAUUUAUAACUGGAUGGCGAGCAGAUUGACAUCCACAGGCACGAUAAAACACAGAGCUGUCUGAACACUUUGGCUGCGUGUUUCCAGAGAAAAGCCUGAGAGUGCUGGGAAGCAUGCAUUAAGAGCAUCAGUGGAACAGCCAGGGGUGAUAAAAACAAAAAAAACGUCACUGCUGUGUCGUCCUGAGGUGUCCCCCAAGUCUAGCACAUUCCAUUUAGCAGGACCAGAGCAGCAAGAAGCGCUGCACCGGCUGAUUAGUCAUCAGUGACGCACAUCAGCACACGACGCACAAGAAUGUAGGGCAAGGGAAUCUCCUCCUACCACUGACUCACAGGGCCUGUCAAUGGAUGGGAUGUGUGGGUCUCUCUUAAUGUCUAUGUGUACAUGAGCUCCUCUGUAUUUUGCCACGUUAUAUUAAUGCAUUAGUCUGCUGGUAGGGCUUAAGAAUAUGUCGAGGGUAAAAGUUCAGUGUCAUUUAGAACUGAUUGUGUGUUGUUAGCUUCCCAAAAACCUUCUUAAGUGUUUCUGACUUUCCCUCUCAGGACGGGAUUUUCUCCCGUGUAGGCUGUACUCCAGAAGUGAAAGUUUAGUGAAAGAGAAAUUGUUUAUAAGAGAGGCCUAGAUUCACUGUUACUUUUAAAGAUUUGUGAAUGCAUUAACAAAGACUUUCAUCUCCUCCCCUCAUGUCUUUUCUGUCUUUUUUUUUUUUCCUUGUCUUGUCAGAACAAACGAGACGAACAUCUACUGAAGAAGAGAAAUGUCCCGCAGGAGGAGAGUCUGGAGGACUCUGAUGUCGACUCAGACUUCAAAGGAGUAAGUGUGGGUGUGCGCGAGAGUGCGGGAGUGAUAAAGUGAGACUGGACCGUCUGGAUGAUAGGUCAGAGGGGUUCAAGUCAAGUGAGCAGUGUAUUAAACAUGAUCCAAAAUAACUCUAAACUGUGGAGAAGCACAAGUGAAGGAGCAAAAGAAAAUUGGUAUACCCAAACCUCAGAAACUCCUGUUCUUCUUCAUUAGGAUUCAAAGUUAAUCUAACCACAAAAAAUCUUGGCACAGAGUUGAUCCAGUGUCUGCUCUGUAUCUGUCACUCAUGUCACACUUUCUCCCUCAGCAGAUGUCUCUUUCCCAGUCGUCAUGGGGCUGUCGCUGUUUAAAUUCCCAACAGUUUCAAGCUCCAAAAUUAAACUGGGUGAACUUCAUUAGGUGUUUGGGGUAGUUAGGGAAUACAAAAAACGGGUUAUAGCUGUAAAAGCAGAAAUUGGCUUGCUCAACCGCAUCAACAAACCUGACAUGAUUAGGAUGAACGGACUCUUGUUAAUGUCCCUCACAACAAGAAAAAAGGGCUUGAACUUCUGACAAUAUUUAGAGGAAUUGACUGGUUGUUUGCUCUCUGUCGACACAUUUGAUGUCAAGCGAAAAAGCGACUGUUGCAGAAAUGUAUAAAAAGGGAUGUCAGGGUAGGCAAUAAACAGAAAGUGUACUGAUACCGAAAUUUACGACAAUAACCAACAUCAUUUUGCCCAUAUCGGUAUAUUUGGUGUCAAAAUAAAUAAAUCAAAGUUGGUUUUGGAUGUGUGUAGGUAGGCUAUAGUCUCAUGUCCCUUUAAGACGCUGUCCAACGUCGGUGACAUGACUCCACCCCAUCCAGUCCGUAACAAAGAGGGAAAGACAGGUGAGGAGAUGGAGGACGGUUCAAAAGUUGUAGCGGCUGGAGUGGCGGCUGAAGUAGACAAGGUUAAUGUGGUAGGGAGUGAGCAGCUUGUGGAGUAGCUAUCGUCUGUUUAUCAUUAUCAAGGCAAACUGCUCAAUGUAUCGUGAUAUUGAUUUGAGGCCAUAUCGCCCAGCCCUAUGUCAGGGCAUACAUGGUCAGUGAUCAGACACUAUCCAGACAACGGGCUGAUUUUAAGGUUUUAUUUUGUCGAGUACAGAGCUCUCCUCUGAACUAAAGCAUAUGUCUGAUAAGAACGAUAAUGUACUGUCCUUACUCUGCAGCUGCUGGUCACUCUCAGACUUUAUGUGUCACCUCUGAACUUUCUUCAAAUAUGCCACUGAUCCUGAUGCUUUAUAAAGACAGUUUCAAACAGUUCUCCAAAUUGUCAAAAGCUUCUGUUCGUAUAUGUUGGGAUAUUUUUUUUUGGUUUUUUUUAAGAACAGUUUUAUUUAUUUAACCUUUAUUUUUUUGUUUGUUUUGGGAUAAUUAAGUAUCACAGGAAGGGGAUUUUUAUACUUUCUGCAGACAUCUUGAUUGGAGAGCAGAGUAACAGAAGUCUAUUACAAGCCCACGGCUAAUUGAAUGAUAACAUAGACAUGCAUGAUGGGAGCAGGUGCAGCUAUGCUGACAAUGGUAGCUAAGUCAUACAUAAGAGACAUGAUCGGCGUAGUUAAGGCCCGGCUCGGCCUUUUGUUGAAAAAAUAGUGAUUGCAUGCCUCAUGUUAUGGAUCACCCUGAGAAAAAAGGACAAUGUAAAAAAAAAAAGAUUUGCUGUCAGGUUAUUCUGAAUUGAAUUGUCCAGAUUAAAUACGUUUAAAAGCCAUUGAACGGAGGCGCCACUUGGAUUGUCACAAAAAUAUACUAAAACUGAAGGAGAUGAUUUCAUUUCGGAAAAGUUAAAGUACUAUAUAUGUCUAAUUAUUAUCUGUAUUUGUUGUGAGUUGGUGGGUUCUACUGGUUUACACAUAAACCAACACAGAGGAAGUCGACAUCUCCAGACUUUCUCAUCAGGGAGUUCUCUAUAGUUUGUCCUCUGGUUUUCCACAUAAUGUAAUUUGCUUUAUGUGGGCAGAGUGUUGCAAUGUACAAUGAAGGGUGUAGUUGACUGAAAAGCCGCUGACGUCUGAUGUAAUUCUGUGAGUAGAUGAAUGGAUGAAUGAUGGCCUACAGAGUAAACCAGCCACCAAGUGUGGCCCACAGCAGCAUUAGUGAGAAGGGCUGUAAAGAGUAUUAUUGAUCAAGCCAAUUCAUUACUCUGUUACCUCCACCUCAUAAGCAAGUACAUUAAAAUGUCAAGUUUUCACUUUUUAGAGGCAGAGCGGUGGUGAAAAGAUUGAGUUUUAAGAAACACAGAUAUGUAGUAACUUGAUAGUAAAACAAGACGGCCUCGUGAUCAGCACAGAGAGAAAAAACUGGUAGCUGUAGUUUCUCUCAGCAGCCGCUCCUGAUGACUAAUUUCCUGUCAGACACCAAAACGUGUUGUUUGAAAAGUCUCAACUAAGAUCUGCAAACAAGUUCAGCACAUGGGGAUUGAGAAGUAGCAGCAUAUUAAGUGUUGUUGAUCUAGAGUCAGUUAAGCCGAUUGAUGCGACACAGUUAUUAAAACACAGAAAAAUACACACGUCACUCCCAACUCUUGGUAUUUUUAUCAUUUCGAUCUAUUCACAUCUUAUCAAUUCCAGCAGACACUAAAAGUUAACUUCUGGUUUUGCUGCACCCUCAUAACACAAUAGAGAAGGAUGUUUUGCCGAGUUGGAUGUUUGAUUGUUCCUUCCUGAUACAGAAGUUUGCUGAGCUAACUCUUCGACAUUUCUUCUCCUGCAGCAAAAUGUUACGCUUGAGGCCAUCCUACAGGUAAGAGUUCACCUCCCCAUCCCUAAAACACAACCAAAAGCUCUCCUAUUGUUUCCUUAUUAUCCUGUGCUUAUGUGUGAUACUUCUUUACUCGACAGAACGCUACCAGUGAUAAUGCUGUAAUCCAGCUCAGUGCUGUACAGGCAGCCAGGUGAGUGACUGACAGAACACACACCUGCAGACAACAACACUUCUUCAACUCGAAUAACUCAAGGAGUGUUUUUCUCUCCUGACAGAAAACUGCUUUCCAGUGACAGAAACCCUCCGAUUGACGACUUGAUAAAGUCUGGCAUCUUGCCUAUUUUAGUCAAAUGCCUGGAAAGGGACGACAAGUAAGUCUGCCUCCACGACAGUUUGUGUUUGCCUUCAGUGUUGUUUUUCGGUGACGCGAUGAGCCGAGUGUUCCGGUUUGUUAAGACUGCAGACUGCUGUGAUGGAUUACCAGAGCUGUUACAUGAAGUCUCAGCCGCAACGGGGGCUUUGUGUGCAAGAGUGUGUGUGUGUGUAUCCCACUGUGUCCACACGUGAGAGUGUGUGGAGGCAGGCAGAGCACUUGGCUGGUCUUCUUAGUCCAGGCCAAGCCAAAUAUAACAGCAUUCCUGCCUCUCGGAGUUCCCGAAUUCCCAGGACCUUGUGUUCACCGAAGGGGGGGAGGGUGAAUGGUGUGGGUGGAGGAACUCGUAAGGAAGAGGUUGUAGCAACUUCGCCAUGGCAACCAUUAACAGAUAGCAUCAUGCAAGUAUGUGACACAAGUUUAUGCCGGACAUUUUUUUUUUUUUUUCAUGAAGAAUUCAACAAGACAUUUCAAACCAGCCAUGUGCAUCCAUCAGGAGAGAGUAAUUGUCCACUCCGGUAUGUUGCCAUAGCAUCAUGGCAGACGGCCAAAUCAGCUCAGCCUGAUAACAUAAUGAGCCACAGACGCACCAUGCAAUGUACAGCAUGAAAAUGACCAUCAUACAUGAACAAGAAUGGACUAAAGGUCUGUUCUGAGGACUUUGAAUGAAAUCAAUGAGAGCAUGAGCUAACAGUAAAUUCAACUAUUGCAUCCACAGAAGGGCUGAUUAUAUCACAGAGAGCACCACACCCUGAUUCCUGUUUCGAAAUCCUAGAUAAACCUUAAGAAAACCAGUAGGGCUGUGGAUCAUGGUUGGUUGCCUGAUGAAAUAUUUAGCAGGGUAGACAGACUCUCCACACAUCGGCAUGAUAUACAAGCAUUUGGCUGGUGGGUGGUGUGAGGAUCACUUGAAAUCGUGUGAUUUCUAUUAUUUUGUGUUGCAUCACUUUCAUAUUCUUCCUUUUGUGGGCACGGCUUCAAUUCACCCGACAGCAUGAUACCAAGACUACUGAUCUGGUGCCAGAUGUAUUAUUUGCUAAUCACUCUCUAUUCUCACCAGGGUUUCAGGAUGGUGGAGAAACUGUUAAUUAACCUCUUUUUACGAAUCCAGUUAAAGGGGGAAAAACUCUGAGCUUAAUGAGAAACAUGCUUUUGAUUAAAAUGACAAAAGCCACAUUGUUCUAUAAAAGACUGGUAAUGCAGAGAGAUAGAAACGCGAACAGGCACUUCAUGCUUACUAGGGAUGCAUCGAUCCAAUAUUUGGAUCGGAUAUCAGCUCCGAUAUUGAUAAAUUAUCUGGAUUGGAUAUCUGAUGAAUGACGCUGAUCCAGUGUUCCGAUCCAGUGUUUUUUUUUCUUUUCGCUCUAUAUUCUAUGUCUGUCUGUUCUUUUGCACUAAAUCUUUACAUGGAAGUCUGUGCAAUUUGUUAUAUGUUAAUAAAUAAUAUUAGGUAAAUUUAUAUCUGUGUUAAUUAGUUACAAUUUUUUUAACAAGGCUAAUGUCAAGCCUGAUGCCUUCACUCACAGGGAAAGGUAUACAGUUCAUUCAUUCAACAGUAAUAUUGGAUUGGUAUUGGAUAUCAGCCGAUACGCUCAGCCCAGGUAUUGGUAUCUGAUUGGAUCUGAAAAAAAUGGAUCGGUGCAUCUCUAAUAUUUACCAUCUAAUACCUAAGAGCUAAUUGCAACAAAAGCCGAUGUAAAAAAAGUGUAAAAUCAGUGCAUGUUAAAGAGGAAAAAAUCUUAAACCCAGCAGGAAAUGUGAAACUGUUGGACCAAGGACUGUAGAUGUACAAAUCACCUUCACACCGCUCAUUAAAGGCUCAGAGGGUUUAUGUCUGAUGUAAGGGUGCAGAAGGCAAUAGGAAAACACGGGUUGUUUCCUCACUGUGUUUUUAUUGCACUGAUAAGCUUAAUGCUGAGAGAUCUCUCCCACCUAAGGGCUUCAUCGCCAAUUCAACAUGCUCAAUCGACCAGAAGUAAAUGAGCUCUUUUUUUUUUUUUUUAACUGGUUCUGUUUUCUUUGCCCUCCAGCCCCUCUCUUCAGUUUGAGGCAGCUUGGGCUCUGACCAACAUCGCCUCUGGGACGUCAGCACAGACUCAGGCUGUGGUUAAAUCCAGUAAGUUGACCCCGCGAGUCAGUCCUACCCCUGCAGUCUGUGUUUGUACACUGUCUGCGAUCUGCAGAGAUAGCAUAUUUAUUUGUUUUCCUUUUUCAACCAAGCAGUCACUUACUCCUUGGAUUAUGUUUUUAUUAGAUAACAGCGGAGUCUUGGAAAAGAAGCCGUAACUGUCUGAAAACUUAAAACAUCAUCAGUGUGAUUUGCUGGCCGUUACAAAGCAACACAAACAAAGAGCAGAUCUAAAAAAUUUGGCGUAUUUGAGAUCGAAAAAGAGAAACAAACAUCUUGAAUUAACACACUGUUAUAUCAAUGUAUGCUUAAAGAGACUUCCCAAAUCUAAGUAUUUGUAAUGAAUUCUUCUACAUACAUGAAACAUUUCUUUAAUUUCAUGUUUAAAUCACCUUUAGACUCUUUUCAUGAAAUCAAACUCUUUUGCUCUAACUUCAAAUCUCAAGAUAAACUUGUCCAGUUCAAGCUAAACAUGGAUUCAGGCUGUGGUUUUUUAUUGGCUAAUAACUGUUUAAACCUUUGAAAAAAGUUGUGUCUCUUAAACCAGAUUUGUUCAACAUGAUAUGUGUAACAUUUCUCAUUAGAUGUAUCUGAGGCGCUCCCCUCCACAUCCAGAUCUAUGAUCAGGUUUAUAACGAGGUUAACUUAAUCGAAAGGUUUCGAUAUGAUGAAGACGACUUUGCUCAGGCGACAAGUCACAUCCUGUCCAUAUAUGAGAGUGUUUAUUCUGAACGCCCACACAGCUGUUUACAGUUUUUCAGCCUGAGCAGAUCUCAGGUUAGGUCGUGGUUGGAGGUGGAGAUUCAGUGUCAGCAUCAAUGUAAAUGUUUAUUCCCCACUAGGGCCCGACUGAUAUGGAUUUUUUGUGGCCAAUACAGAUUAUUAGGGGGGAAAAAAAUACGAUCACAGAUUAAUCAGCUGAUUUUUAAAAUUUUUUAUGAAGUUUUAAAAUUUUGUUAAUUUAAGUAAUACAUAUUUACUAAUUUUUUUAACAAAUGUCUGCUUUUGAGCCUUUCAAACACUUCUCAAUAACAUUAACCUAACUAAUAUUCCACGUGUUUACCACGAAUCAAAUUCGCAUCAGGAAAGCGUUUUUAACCCCCAAACCCCCCUCCGAUCGGAGCCUCCACGUCUUAACUCACGUUACACAUUUCCGGUUCGGUCUCAUCAGGAGACAUGCAGCUGCCUCAGUAAGAGAAGUAGCUCAGUCACGUAAUGUGUACUGUUGUUUAUUCUACCGUUACUGGCACAGCUAACAGUGUAGCAAGGCUAAUAGCAGGUGGCUAACUCUAACUUUAACCGAAUUUUAUUCUCCGCAUUUUAUUUCUGAAAGUAUCAGCGACAUUUGGCGAGUUUUGGCCGAUGACCGACUAGUCUUAAACGGGCUAAAAUUGGCCGAUUUAAUCUGCUCGCCGCUAAAUCGGUCAGUCCCUAUUCCCCACAUUUACUCGACCCCUGUUAUGUCAUAUUUGGAGUCACACAGUCUGACCAUGAGGGUAAAUUUUUGCCGUAUUGUUUGCGUGUUUAGAUGCAGUGCCCCUGUUCCUGCGACUGCUGCACUCACCCCAUCAGAACGUCUGUGAACAGGCUGUAUGGGCUCUGGGAAACAUUAUAGGUAAGUGGUGUUUUGCUGGUGGUGCGGUGAAGAGGGAAUAGAUUUCUUUGAAGCAGCUGUAGAGCUUGUGUUGACCUCUGCCCUCUUACCUGCCCAGGUGAUGGUCCUCAGUGCAGGGACUAUGUCAUCUCCCUGGGCGUGGUCAAGCCUCUGCUGUCUUUCAUAAACCCAUCGAUCCCCAUCACCUUCCUCCGUAACGUCACCUGGGUCAUCGUUAACCUCUGCCGCAACAAGGAUCCUCCGCCGCCUAUGGAGACUGUGCAAGAGGUGGGUGUUUGCGCCUGUUCGCUGACGCUUUGAUGUGGCAGACAGAUGGAUGUGUUGCUCUGCAGUCGGCUGUGUCACUGCAGGCUGAGUCACACAGAGUUUUUGCAAAGCAUUUUUUCAGUAGCCGAAUCAGCCGUGUCACCCUGAGGAAUUACAAACUACAAAGCAGUUUUUGGUGACAUUUGAAGUCGAGGCUUGACAGCUAUUCCUCUUUGUGAAUUUUUUUUUGUCUCUUCACUCUGCCCCAUUUCUGCCUUCAUCUGAUCCACUGUUCCUCUGCCAACAUCCAACCCACUCACAACCCACUUUUCUUUCCCCCACAGAUAUUGCCAGCCCUCUGUGUGCUAAUAUAUCACACCGAUAUAAAUGUGAGUAUCAGAGCUUUGAGCAGAAAUUUCAAGAAAAGUCCUGUGAUUAGAUCUGCUGACAGGCGUUUUCCUAAAUGUUGGAAGCACUUUUCCUCCUCACAGUCUCACCGGUCCCUUGUUUCUGUGCGUUUAGAUCCUAGUAGACACAGUGUGGGCUCUGUCCUAUCUGACAGACGGCGGCAAUGAGCAGAUCCAAAUGGUCAUUGAUUCUGGAGUCGUUCCAUUUCUUGUGCCUCUCCUCAGCCAUCAGGAGGUCAAAGUUCAGGUGAAGCUUUUUGUUUCUUCGUCCAACACGUCUGCUUUUCAAUUUUGCCCUCAGUAAGUGUGUUUCACGGUUUAUUAACACUCAAAGUGUUUAUUUUAUGCUUCUUCUUUUGUCUUGUAAAUGCAGACGGCAGCUCUGAGGGCAGUGGGUAACAUCGUCACAGGGACAGACGAACAGACACAGGUCGUGCUCAACUGUGACGUCCUCUCACACUUCCCCAACCUGCUAACACACCCUAAAGAAAAGAUCAACAAGGUAUCACCGCGUUUUCCUUCAUGUUAUUGUUUUCGUAUGUCUGGGUUUCUUAUUGCUUGGGAUGAAACGGGAGCAGGGUGUCUGCGCCCGUCAUGCUGCCGGUUUAUAACAUUUAUGAGAGCUAACUGACUCACUGCCAGGAAGCAUAAUUCCUCAGUAGCAGGCUUGUUAUCCCAAAUAUGCUCUCACUAAACAACAUUUGCUGGCAGUACAGUUAAAUUUUUAGUCUUCAUCAUUUUAUCUUAAUGGGUAAAAUCAAAACAGCCUGAGAGGCGUCCACGUCUUCAUCAGUUCUUUUCAAAUCAAAGACUGAAAUUCAGGGUAUCUCACAUCGACCUCCUUUUCAUCAGCUUUGUUGUAAACUUGUCUGAGAAUUACAUCUAAAGCUUGUGAAUCAAAAUUAAGAGUCAGACAAUGCAGUGGACGAUGAGUGCAUGAGGGUUUGGGAGGAUAAUCAUGUAUGUGAGGAAGAUUAAGUGCCAGAUUUGACCAUUUGUGAUUGGUCUCUUUCCAGGAAGCAGUCUGGUUCCUGUCCAACAUUACAGCUGGGAACCAGCAGCAGGUCCAAGCUGUGAUUGACGCUGGCCUCAUUCCUAUGAUUAUUCACCAACUGGCUAAGGUUUGUGCACGGAGGAAUUCUUUAUAUACUCCGUUCUUUAUGUUGAUUUUUCCUCCUUGAAUUUCUAAAAGCGUAACUGUCGGCAUGAAUUAAACGUAUAAUGAUGUAUUGACACAUUCUGCGUCUCGUUGCCGGAGAAGCUCUUGAUACAUGAAUCGAGCAGUAAUGCAAACAUAGCCUAGAUGUCUGCGAGUCUUGGCAAUAUGCUGUGGUGCAAAAAAAAAACCCUGCCACGUCCACAUGUUAGUGACAGCCUGUCUCUCUGCAGGGCGACUUUGGCACUCAGAAGGAGGCAGCGUGGGCCAUCAGCAACCUCACCAUCAGCGGGAGGAAAGAUCAGGUGAGCUCGGCUUUGGGGCCAGAGAUGGAGAAAUCUGGAGCCUUCAUUGACUGUUGUGUUUGGUGUAUUAUGUUUGUGUUUAUAUAUAGCUGUAGUAGCCCUGUAUAAUGUGAGUUAGUCAUGUAAUGUUGCAAAAUUGUAGUAGUGAUUUUUAUUCCUCUCAGUCUCGCAUCUUUUUAAGAAGCAAAAAUGUCUCCAUUAUUAAGGGAUGAAAUCAUACAAUGUCAAACUGUUGACUGUAAAACUGAUGAAGGAUUCGUUCCGCACUUGUAACCGUCCACUUAUGUUGUAAUCAAGUAUGGAUGUGGUGUGUAUGUGUGGGUUUGUGUAGGUGGAGUUCCUGGUUGAGCAGAAUGUCAUCCCUCCGUUCUGUAACCUGCUGUCAGUGAAGGACUCGCAGGUGGUUCAGGUCGUGCUGGACGGCCUGAAGAACAUCCUCAUCAUGGCGGGAGAGGAGGCCAGCACAAUCGCUGAGAUCAUAGAGGAGUGUGGAGGUGUGUACCCCGCCGACUAUGGCUGAUUGUUUGCUUGUGUUAUGACUCAGCCUGAUUUCCUCAUGUCUGUGCGUCUGUAUUUGAUAUUCGAUUUUUUUUUUUUCCCAUUUCUUUAUUGAGGUUAUUUGGUUUAUGUUUGAACAAGUGCACGCUUUGACUACCUUACCGCACUAAUUUUCAGUAAAAUCUGCACGCAAGAGCCAGUGUCAGUGUUGAAACCUCCUCAGAUCUGAUGGUGUCCUGGUUUUUGUUUUUCAGGUUUGGAGAAGAUAGAAAACCUACAGCAGCACGAGAAUGAGGAUAUUUACAAACUAGCCUUUGAGAUUAUCGAUCAGUACUUUUCAGGAGAUGAUGUAAGUUUCUCACCGGUGAUAUACGUCUCUAAACUUCAUGUCAUUCAAAGUCCCACCCUGAUGUGAUGACAUAAACGCCUGUCUCUUUCAGAUUGAUGAAGAUCCCAGCUUGAUCCCGGACACCACUCAAGGAGGGACAUUCAACUUUGACCCAGCUUCCAACAUGCAAACAAAGGAGUUUAAUUUCUAA